AGAAACAGCAGAGGCAGAGAGAAGAGGGAAGUGCAGCAGGGAAAGACUUUUCUGAGCAGAGCUGCAGGGAGGGCGAAGGAAAAGGAAAAGGGAGGCAUAUUUACAGGAGGGAUACAUCUUCCUCAUGCCCUGUAUCACCUGAAUGCUCUGCGGACCGACAGACGCUCAUUCAGAGACUCUUUGCCCAGCAGUAAGAUAUAAUCACACACUUAGGAGGAUAUGAAGACCGGCAAGAAAUCCUUCAUAGCUUUCAUCAAGGAGAGAAAAAUGGGGCUGAAUGACUUCAUCCAGAAGCUGGUGUCUACCCCACAUAUCUGCCAACAUGUUGAAGUUAACAACUUCCUGAAGAUUGAUGAGAAUCAAUAUGAGGAGGCUGAAAAUCGUCAACUUCCUGAAAGUCCGAUGUGCCUAAACUCACGAAGUUCACUGGCUGAGGACACUCAGAUUAAACCUUCUGAUUUUAUCUACCUCAAAAUCAUUGGCAAAGGCAGCUUUGGAAAGGUUCUGCUGGCUCGGCACAAAGAGUCCACAAAGUACUAUGCUGUUAAAGUUUUGCAGAAGAAAAUCAUCCUGAAAAAGAAAGAGCAAAAGCAUAUCAUGGCUGAACGUAGUGUGUUGAUGAAGAACAUCAAGCAUCCUUUCCUCGUGGGGCUGCACUACUCCUUCCAGACUACCGACAAACUGUACUUUGUGCUGGACUACGUCAAUGGUGGAGAGCUGUUCUACCAUCUCCAGAGAGAGAGAAUCUUCUUGGAGCCCAGAGCCAGGUUUUACGCUGCUGAAAUUGCAAGUGCACUUGGCUACCUCCAUUCCCUGCACAUUGUGUACAGGGACCUGAAGCCUGAGAACAUCCUGUUAGAUUCACAGGGCCAUAUUGUUCUGACAGACUUUGGCCUCUGCAAAGAAGGCCUUGAGCCCAGUGGUACCACAACAACCUUCUGUGGGACACCUGAGUACUUGGCCCCCGAGGUUCUUCAGAAGCAGGCAUAUGACCGCACUGUCGACUGGUGGUGCCUGGGAUCAGUACUCUACGAGAUGCUCUACGGACUUCCCCCAUUCUACAGUCGCAACACAGCUGAGAUGUACAACAACAUUAUGCACAAAGCUCCUGUGCUCAAGCCCAAUGUGUCAAAUGCAGGCAGGGAACUGCUGGAGGGGCUCCUGCAGAAGGACCGCACCAAGAGGCUGGGAGCGAAAGAUGACUUUCUUGAACUCAAGUACCAUCCCUUCUUCUGUCCAAUUAACUGGGAUGACCUGAUGGCCAAGAAGAUCACACCCCUAUUUGUUCCCUCAGUGAGUGGUCCCACAGACCUGCAACAUUUCGACCCUGAGUUCACUCACCUGCCUGUGUCCUCCUCCCUGUGCACUGACACCCUGACUGUGACCAGCAGCGUCAAAGAAGCAGCUGAAGCCUUCCCAGGCUUCUCUUACGGGCCUCCAGCAGACUACACCUUCAUGUGAAGGCCAGCAUCACUUCUGUUCCAAGAAUGAACAAGACAGGACAAAUGUUCUGGUUUGAGAAUCUUAUCUUGACAGAGGGACCACAACAGAGCAACCUGUCUGGGAGGACAGGUUACAGCUAAGGCCUGAUAUGAGGAUCUACAUGACAAAUAGACAGGAAUAACAGGGCAGAUCUCGAGGGAUCUGGUGCAUGACUAGUGUACAGAUAGAGACUCUCGUUACAACACCACUGGCCCUACUGUUCUGCCUCAAUCACGCAAAAAUAUAACGUGUGUGCCAAGUAUGGAUGCACUUUGGGGUCAUAAAACAUGGUGGCUCUGGACCUUACAGCUAUUGAUGAAGUGACAUGAAGAGAAGUGCCUAAGGUUCAAAAGGCAGUUGGGACGGUGGCAGCAGCUUCAAACACCACAAAAUCAUUUCAUUUAUUUGGACAUAAGGUGAUGCCUUCAUUAAAUGUGGACAUACUGUAUGUUAAAGACGUUUUGUUGUACUAUUUUCUUGAAGAUGCGCAAUUGCACUUGAGGAAACAAGGGUCAAGAAAGUUAAAUAUUCUGUUUCAAGCUCCAACAACUUCAGAUUAGACAGUUGACAUCUUUCUACUUUUUAUUUCACAUCUCUGCUUAGGACAAAUACAGUAUAUAGGCAUUGCAUACUACUAUUGGAACUUGGACCAAACAGUUAACCAUGCUAUGCUUUGAUACUAGACUUUUGACCCGUUUGUCCUCAUAAACAAAGAUUUACUGUACUGUAUAGAAGAAAAAAAGACAUUUUAUUUAAUAACCAUAAACAUUCACUGUUUACUUUUAAGUAAGUUCUGCAUAUAUUAUAAAUGACUUCUAAAUGUUUCCUGUAUGGCAAUAUGCUAGUCUUUUGUUUUUCCAACUACUUUUCAUCUAGUGACUGUGUUAAUCUGCUGUUUCCAAACUUUACAAAAGACUUCUUUUAUUAAUCAGGAGGGUGUGAUAUGGAUUUCAACCAGCAAUAACUGGCCCACAUCAAUGAUAGCACAUACUGUAUAUCAAGCUUCAUUUCAGUUGAAUUGAUUGCUGUUUUUUGCAAAAACUCUAGAAUCUAGGAAUUAGAGAAGAACUGUGAAUGUAUUGUGCCUGUCCACGGUGGCCUGAUCCUUGUAUAGGCUACUCUAUGUACAUUUCUCUCUUCCCUAAACUUAUUGGUCCCUUUUCUAGAAAAUAAUCUGUAUGGGGAAAAAGUGCUUGAUUAUCUUGAUGAAGAACCAAUGGGUGGAACAGGCACUGGCUUUCCCAUAACAGUAUUUAGCCACUGGCCUACUGCAUAAUAUGGUUCUAGAAAGUGCAAAAAAAAUUUUUUUUAUCACUUUAAGUAGAUGUGUAAAUUGUAGAUGUGUAAAUUGUAACUUAUGCUCUGAUAUUAAUUAAAUUACUAAAAGAGGAUCAUCUGGACCAUUGCAUACGUGCAUUUUCAAGCCUGCUGAAAAUAAUAUAAAAUAAGACGACACAGUUCUGGAUGACUUUCUUCCAUAUUUGGAAGCAUUACACUUAUGUUUUGUAUAUUUAUUUUCAUGCCACUGCUACUGUAUAAAGAUCAUUUACUUGAUCAACUGAAAUACUGAACUGCAAUCUGUCAGAAAUGACCAAUAAAAUCUCUAAAUUGGA